CUACAAUCCGGAGCUCAUGAGCUGUGAACAAUGGCGGAUUCACAACGAGAUUUGAUCGAUCGAAAUCUUCACCGCGGGGCGAAGCUAAUUUAAUUCGAUACGCGUAGGAGCGGCACCCGUCCCCUUCCUCUUUGGCCUCCAUCAAUUCCGCAGUACCGUCCAUCUCGCAUUUGCUAUUCCUUCUCGUCUUCGGUCGAUCCCCUUCCCACUCUAGAUCGAGCCUUCGGUGGGCUCGGGGGGGGAGGAGGGCGUCCGACGUGGCUUGCGUUGAAAUUCCCCUGGAACCUAAGCCUCCUCGCUAGGGUUCUCCCGCACGGCCGAAGCAGGGGGGCUCCCGUCAAUGCGGGCGAUCCCUUUACGGUUCUUCCGGCUAGGGUUGUGGGCUUGCUCGCCAAGGCCUUAAGGCUGCGGGGCGAAAAUGUCUCGGCAGGCCCCUGUGACUCACUUUCACAAAUCGAAGACGCUCGAUAACAAAUACAUGCUUGGGGAUGAAAUUGGAAAGGGUGCGUAUGGACGAGUAUAUAAAGGCCUGGAUUUGGAAAAUGGAGAUUUUGUGGCGAUUAAACAAGUGUCGUUGGAAAACAUCCCACAAGAAGAUCUCAAUGUCAUUAUGCAAGAAAUUGAUCUACUAAAGAAUCUCAACCACAAAAACAUUGUCACAUACCUUGGAUCUAUCAAGACGAAGACUCAUCUGCAUAUCAUUCUUGAGUAUGUGGAAAAUGGUUCUCUUGCUAACAUUAUCAAGCCAAACAAAUUCGGACCAUUCCCUGAAUCAUUGGUGGCUGUUUAUAUCACUCAGGUCUUGGAAGGUCUAGUCUAUUUACAUGAGCAGGGUGUGAUUCACCGAGACAUCAAGGGUGCAAAUAUCUUGACUACCAAGGAGGGCCUUGUUAAACUUGCUGACUUUGGAGUUGCAACCAAGCUGACUGAGGCGGAUCUCAAUACCCAUUCAGUAGUUGGAACACCAUACUGGAUGGCCCCUGAGGUUAUUGAAAUGUCUGGUGUUUCUGCUGCAUCAGACAUCUGGAGUGUUGGUUGCACUAUCAUUGAAUUGCUGACAUGUGUUCCACCUUACUAUGAUCUGCAACCAAUGCCUGCACUUUUUCGGAUUGUUCAGGAUGUGAAUCCUCCUAUACCUGAGGGUUUGUCACCUGACAUUACUGAUUUUCUACGUCACUGCUUCAGAAAGGAUGCAAUGCAACGACCUGAUGCUAAAUCACUGCUACUGCACCCAUGGAUUCAAAACUCAAGGCGCACUUUGCAUUCCAAUCUGAGACAAACAGGUGCAAGUAUAAGGAAUAUUGAGGAUGAUGUUCCUGUUGAUGAUGGCAACUCAACUGUGGAUAAUCAUAAUGGAAGUGGAAGCACAAUAGUUCAGGAGAACACAAAUGGUGCAUUAGAUAUUGGACAAGACAAAUGUAAAAAUGAAAAUUUGGCUAUUGAUUCUGUUCCAUUUGAAGGUUCUGAUGGACAUAGAAAACUUUUUACUAAGGGUACCUUCUCAAAUGGUACAGAAAGCAAAGCAGAAGACGAGCUAUCUGACAAAGAUCCUACCUUAGCCAUCUAUGAAAAGCCAUCUUUAGGGCAUUCUGCGACAGAAGCAGUUUCCAAUUUUCCAGUAACACUGGAAUGCAAAGGAGUUGAGAGUUCUGAUGAUAAUAGUAUAUUCUCCUUUAGAUAUAAGGUUGAAAAAAACAAUUUGCAGAAGGUUGUGAACAAGUCAAGUGUUCACGGAGUUGAUGAGCUUAGCAGGUUUAGUGAUACACCAAAGGAUGCUUCUUUGGAUGAUUUAUUUCAGCCACUAGAUGGACAAAGAGAUGUAGGCACUGAAGCUUCGCCCUCUUCUGCUAUCCGACAAAAUGACUUAGCCAAAGAGUUGAAAGUUAGGAUGGCUCAGAAGCAAACACAACCAGAUCACAGCAGCGGUGGGAAGCUAUUUGAGAUGGUUAUGAAUAUACAAGAAGAUGUGAUUGAUAUAGAUGGUUCAGUCUUUGAUGAAAACCUACCAGCUGAAAAACUUUUUCCUCUCCAGCCUGUUGAAUUUAGCAAAAUAGUUGGUUUGCUGAAACCUGAAGCCUCUGAAGAUGUAUUAUUGUCAGCAUGUCAGAAGCUUAUUCUAUUUUUCAGUCAGCGGCCGGAGCAGAAGCAUGUUUAUAUGUCCCAGUAUGGUUUUCUUCCACUCAUGGAUGUUCUAGAAGUUCCUAAAACUCAUGUAGUAUGCUCGGCACUUCAAAUUAUCAAUCAUAUUAUCAAAGACAACAUCGAGUUUCUAGAAAAUGCAUGUCUUGUUGGCCUAAUUCCAGUUGUAAUGGGUUUUGCAGUGCCUGAUCGUCCUAGGGAAGUCCGUAUGCAGGCAGCCUUUUUUCUUCAACAGCUUUGCCAGUCCAGCACAUUGACAUUGCAAAUGUUCAUUGCAUGCCGUGGAAUUCCUAUAUUGGUGGGUUUUCUCGAGGCAGACUAUGCGAAGCAUAGGGAAAUGGUUCACCUUUCCAUAGAUGGCAUCUGGCAGGUUUUUAAGCUUCAACACUUGACGCCAAGGAAUGACUUUUGCCGCAUUGCUGCCAAGAAUGGCAUACUUAUUAGACUUGUGAACACCCUUUACAGCUUGAAUGAGGCCACUCGGCUUGCUUCCAAAAAUGGUGGGGUAUCUGCUCCAAGACCAAGAUCUGGUCCAUUAGAACUGCCUAAUCGAUCUGACUUGCCACUGGCCAACUUGGGUCAAUUUGAUUCUCCUAAAGUAAGAUUAGAACACCCAUUUUUAUCUGGAGCUUUAGAACAGCUCCAAAAUCCAACUUCCCAUUCUCAAAAGACAGAAGCUAGUUGCGCAACUCAUUUGGAGAAACAAUUGUUUGGUGGAGAUAAGCCUCACACCACUUAUGCUGCAUUUGAAGCUGCAAAGGAGAAUGGAAAUUUUAGUUUAUGGGAUAAUGAGCCUGCACAUCCAGAUGUUGACUUACCUAAGCAUCAUAGGGCUACAAGUUCUGCUGGUAGAAGCUCCACUGAUAGAUCUCCAAAGCAUAUGGAUUUCAUAUCAAAUAGUCACCCUGGUGGUGUAACUCAGUCAGUAUCUCAGCCUGAACAAAUUCGGCCGCUUUUGAGCUUACUUGAAAAAGAGCCACCUUCUCGACCUGUCUCAGGACAACUUGAUCAUGUUCAAAAUUUUUCUGGAUUGGGAAAACACGAAAGUAUAUUACCUCUGUUACAUUCCUCUACUCCAAAGACAAAUGGCGAACUUGAACUUUUAAUGGAAGAAUUUGCAGAGGUCUCCAGGCAUGGACGAGAAUUUGGCAAUUCAGAUUCCCAUACCAAACUUUUUAAUAAGGCAAGCAAGAAGGUUCCACCAACAUUGGGGUCAUCUAGUUCUAAUGAAGGAACUUCUACAUCCGGGUUACUGUCACAAACAAUGUCUGGUGUUUUAUCUGGAUCAGGAGUGUUAAAUGCUAGACCUGGCAGCACUACAUCAUCUGGCUUGCUGUCCCAAUUGGUUUCUUCAUCUAAUGCUGAUACUGCGAGGGAGUAUGUGGAGAAGGUAGCUGAUCUUCUGUUAGAAUUUGCCCAAGCUGACUCUGUAGUGAAGUCUUACAUGUGCAGCCAAAGCUUGCUUGCUCGACUUUUUCAAAUGUUCAAUAAGAUGGAGCCUCCUAUUCUCUUGAAGAUACUGAAGUGCAUCAACCACUUGUCAACAGACCCACACUGUUUAGAAAAUCUUCAGCGUGCUGAUGCAAUCAAGUAUCUGAUUCCUAUUCUUGAACUAUGUGAGGGACCUCUUAUCUCUCACAUACAUAAUGAAGUUCUCGAUGCCCUUUUCAAGCUUUGUAAAAUAAACAAGAGGAGACAAGAACAAGCAGCAGAACAUGGGAUUAUUCCACACUUGAUGAGUUUCAUCACGUCAGAUUCACCACUCAAGCAAUAUGCAUUGCCUCUGCUGUGUGACAUGGCUCAUGCAUCUCGAAACUCGCGGGAGCAAUUGAGAGCUCACGGAGGAUUAGAUGUGUACUUGAACCUAUUGGAAGAUGAGGCCUGGGCCGCCACUGCACUGGAUUCAAUUGCAGUUUGCUUGGCCCACGACAACGAUCAAAGAAAAGUAGAACAUGCAUUGUUGAGAAAGGAAGCGAUUCAGAAGUUGGUCAAGUACUUCCAGAACUGUCCAGAACAAUAUUUUGUGAAUAUAUUGGAGCCUUUCUUGAAGAUUAUUACGAAAUCUCCUAGAAUAAAUACCGCUAUGGCUGUUAAUGGUCUGACAACAUUGCUUGUUACAAGAUUAGAACACCAAGAUGCUAUUGCUCGUCUUAAUCUGCUGAAACUGAUAAAGGCUGUGUAUGAGCACCACCCAAGACCGAAGCAACUGAUUGUGGAGAAUGACCUACCUCAGAAACUCCAGAAUCUGAUUGAAGAACGGAGAGACGGCCAGCGCUCUGGUGGUCAAGUCUUAGUGAAACAAAUGGCUACCGCAUUGCUUAAAGCCCUACAUAUCAACACUGUAUUGUGAAUACGUGACCAAGUACUGAGUGUGUACAUAUAUGAAUUCUCCAAAUGAAAUGUAAUAUAUCUGUUUUGAUCUUUCAGUGAGUGUGAGUUUUAGGGUGACAGAGUGAUUAUAAAUAUUUAAGGUAGGGGCGGUCACUCUCGAAGUCAACAAUUAAAAUGCAACUCUACUGGUGCUGUAACAUGAUAAUCCAUAUGCUUUGCAAUUCACGAGUUGCUCUACCUCUUCGUUUUU